ACUUUCUAGCAUUUUAGAACAAAAAAGUUUAGAUACUUGAUACUUGUUUUCAUUCAACUACAAUGGCUGCUGUUGGAACCGAGGAACGUAUUACCUUGAAGCUUAUGGUGCUCAAAGAAGAAAAUAAAUUUAUCUUUGCGGAGGCAGGUAAGGACUUUGUGGAUGUUCUGUUUAGUUUCUUAACAUUGCCAUUAGGAACCAUUGCAAGAGUUGUGCGCAAGGAGUCUAAGUUGCAGCCAUCUGAAGUUGCAUCUCUCAGCUCGCUCUAUCAAAGUGUAGAGAAUCUUGACAAAGAGUGUUUUCCCACAGAUACCUGUAAAGAAAUGCUACUGUGUCCCAGAAAUUCAAUGGAAGCUUAUUGUAGGAGUUCGAAGAUAAACAUUGACGACACAGAGCCCACUGAGUAUUUCGUAUGUAGCAACUUGAUCUGUUGUAGAAACAAACCCCCUGUCUUGAUAAGCACCUUCAGAAAUAAAAGGUGCAGAUGUGGAAGUAUGCUAGCAAAACCUAUUUCUCUGGAAACAUUUGACUCCUUUGAUGGUUUUGUUCAGACUAAUUCCAGUUUCAUGAUCACGGACGAUCUGAAGGUUUUCCCGAAUUCAUUGGAUAAAAUUAUUAAUGUGCUAAAGGACAGUGGAAUAGAAAACGUGUCUUUAAUAAGCGAAAGGACGGUGAAUAUAACUAAGAAUCAGGUUGUGGAUCUGCUGAAAUAUUGUUUCUGCUCAAGAUCAGUUUUGACAGAUUUGUUCUUAGAAAAAGGAGGGAGAGAUUACAGGGAGACAUUGCUUAAAAGAAGAAGAAUCACUCCCUGUGAUCUUAAAGCGAAUAAUUGUGAUGGAAUCACAGUGAAAAUAGUGUUAAGAAAAUCUACCGGGAAGAUAUUGUUUGCUGAAGGAAAAGCAGAUUUUGCAGACUUUCUUUUUACUUUUCUGACUAUUCCUUUGGGAGCGUUAUGUUUGAUGGGAGGGUGUCCUUACGUUGACAGUGUUGAUGGUUUGUAUAAGAGUGUUGUUGAUCUUGAUGAAGAUUAUUUUACCACAAAGGAAGUAAAGAAUAAGUUUGUUGAUCCUGUUCUUGCCCCACAAUUCAAGUUGCACAAUUUGCUAUCUUUAAAGAAUGGUGAUGUUCCUAAUUACUUUUGUUACUCUCGGUCUGACGGAUACAUUACAAUGAUUACAGCUUGCUCUUUAACUCCCAUACAUAAGGUAGUCAAGAGUUUCACUGAAAGCUGUGUGGCUUCGGAGUUUCUCCAUCCCCUGUCUGAUACACGUAACAACGGUAAAGGCUAUGUUAAAGGACCGACAACUUAUAUGGUAACUGAUGAUUUGGUCGUGACGCCAUCGUCCUCUCUUUCUGUUGUGUCUUUGCUGAGGACUAUGAACAUUCCCCGUCAUGACUUACAAGAGAAAGUAGUUAGCAUUGGCAAAGAGGAGGGCGUGCGCAUACUACAGGCCUCAUUGAGUUCUAGAUCAGUCCUAACAUUAGGUCUCAGCCACUUAAUUAACCAAGUGAAGAAGGAGGACAACUGAGCUAUAUAAAGUAGCCCUUUUGUUUCAUGCUUUUAUAUUAUUUUAUUUUCCGCAAUUAUAUUUCUGCAUUUAAAAAUGUUCUAUUGUCGUACUAUUUAUUUUGAAGUUUGGCAGUAAUUUCGGUGCUUUAUUAUUUGAUAUUUCUAUUUUAGUUGGAUGAUCUUGAUCAUGUACUGGAGAAUGUCUUAGCAACGUGAAAAUAGUUGAUUUAGAUAGAAUGUUGUCGAGAUUUUUG